CGCAUUCUUCAGUCGCAUGCUUUCCUCUGACGUUAUUGUAUCGUGUUGGAUAGUUUCUGUGUUAGCUAGUCAGAUCAACUACCUCAGUUCGCUCAGCUUAAAUCUUAGGAGAUACUGGUGUUACUCAUUUCAGUGUGUUAAUGAUUUGUGCCGUUAUUCUAUACGCCACAAUCUAUUCUAGACAGCAUAGAAAGGUGCCUCUGAUUGCAGCAUAGAUAACAUAUGUGAGAAAGAGCGAUUUCAUUCAUGUUUGCAUUUUAACUACUACACACACGAAGUAGAGCAGACACUUUUGUCACUACACAGUAUAGUAAAUAGUUGCAUGAACCAGUCACCACACCACCGAGUAAAUUGGGGUUUCCUUUCGGCAAUCGAUUGCAUACACCUUAGGUUAAAAGGUGAUACAAUUCUUAUCUAAUUGACGGUGAAGGGGACUGGCUAUUGACACAGAGCGAUGACUGGCAAAGAAACGGAGCAAAAGAUAAUUCGUGUCGGGUCGAGGAAGAGUGAGUUGGCUCUCAUUCAAACGAAACAUGUCAUUUCCUGCCUGCAAAGACUGAACCCAGACGUUCAAUUUGAAAUACAUACCAUGACAACUGUAGGCGAUCGGGUGCUUAAUAAGUCACUACCUAAAAUCGGGGAAAAAUCGUUGUUCACUAAGGACCUCGAGGAUGCUUUACGCACCGGAGGCGUAGAAUUUGUAGUGCACUCUUUGAAAGACCUCCCGACCGCAUUGCCAGUGGGGAUGGCUAUCGGUGCUGUGUUGGAACGAGAAGAUCCUCGGGAUGCUUUAGUCCUAAAUGAAAAGCAUCGCGGUAAAAUGCUGAACACGUUACCUCAGGGCUCGGUCAUCGGAACAUCGUCGUUGCGCCGAUCUGCUCAGCUUGCAAGAACAUAUACUCACCUGACGGUUUGUGACAUUCGUGGCAAUCUGAAUACUCGACUGGCCAAACUGGACGUAGAAAACUCCAAAUUUGCUGGUAUCAUUUUGGCUCAAGCAGGUCUCACGAGAAUGGGUUGGCACAAACGAAUUGAUCAAACAAUCGAACCAUCAGAAAUUCUGUACGCUGUUGGACAAGGUGCGCUGGCCGUCGAAUGUCGUUCCAAUGACGAAUACAUACUUGAAAUGCUCUCAAAGCUUUGUCAUCUGGAUACUAUGUGUAAAAUCUUAGCCGAACGCAGUUUUUUGAAAACGCUUGGAGGAGGAUGUAGUGCGCCGGUUGCGGUUUGUACAAAUCUAAAACGAAAACCGGACUCAGCGAUGCUAAACAUCACUGGUGCUGUGUGGAGCCUAGAUGGACGAACUGAACUGCGUGCUGAUGAAGGAUGUACUUUAAAGUUUAACGAUUCUAUUCAGUUGGAUGUCGACAACGGCAAUGUGCUUCCCGCUAAGAAGAGUCGCCUCGAAUUGGAUGUUGAGGAUAACGUUGUAAAUGAUUCCUUACCUCGACAUAGUCCGGAAAUCGUUGAUGAUAAUAAGCCUAGUUGUUCGAAGGCCGAUCAGAGGAUAGACUUAGCUAAAUAUAUCGAAGCCCAUGGCGAUAUGUUUAAGAAGCGUUCCUAUUCAUCUUCGGAAGAAGGUGCCGUCAAACCUAAUGCGACCGUUGAGCAAGGGCAAGGCGAUGCAAAAGAAUCCGUUUGUCCGAGCAGUUCGUUUCCGGUUGGUGUUGAUUUUAUGGGCGACUGCCCAUAUGUCAGCAUUGAACAAAAAGUGGACGAAACUGGCUUACAAUGUCCCAUCACUGGAAAGUUUCUGACGGAACAGAAGCCUGCGACAGAAACCGGUGCUGAAAAAUGUCCUUUCUUGGCACACCAGGCCAAGAUCCUAGACUACAACGAAAAUUUAGACAGAAAAAUUGUAGCGCCGAAGCUGCAGGACAGCAGCAGUUCGCUGUUUUGCGGGAUGGUUUGUCACAAGGACAUACCGACGGAGCUAUUUGUUUCAGCUGAAAGCCUAGGGAGGCGAUUGGCUCAGGAAUUAAUCUCUAAAGGAGCGUUAGAUGUAAUGAAAUGUGCUCAAAACGAGAUUCAUUCGAAGAUUGUUUAAUAUAAGUAUUGUUAUUUUGCGUUCCUUUUUUUCUUGUUGGUGGAUGAUACUUUUAUUGUUUACUAUCGUGCUAUUAUAAGCGGUGUUAGUGCAAAAUUUUCUAAGAAAAAAAUAUAGUUGGAUUUGUGGAA